GCGUAAGAAAAUGGAUUUGGAAACUUGGGAGGUCAGAGGUGAAAGGUGAGAGGUUACAAAAAGGCGCGAUUCCCAAACUUGUGAAAAUGUGCGAUGUGAAAAGAGAUGAAUUUCUGCAGCUUUUACCUGAUAUCAAGCAGAAAAUUCAGGACUGCGACUUUGUUGCCAUUGACACAGAGUUCACAGGACUGUGUUUAUCGGAGGCCUGUCAACCAAGCCUGUUUGACACACCCCAGGAGCGGUACAGGAAACUCAGACAAACAGUCGGCAGUUUUAUCAUCUGUCAAGUCGGUGUGUCUGUAUUCAAGAAAGAUAUGAAGUAUAACAGGUGA